UAUAUCGAUACAUUUACACGCAAGUAUGAAUUAGUAUUGUUUUAUUGUAAGCAGAAGUUGCAUUCGUACGUAUGUUCGUACUCCGUGUCAUUUGUUUCAGAUCCCGCUGUGGAUAAGUUUAGAACGGAAAUGCAUAUUUAAAUGCUGAAAGUUCUUUUAAAAUCAGCAAUAAUACUUAAGAACAAUGCAAAUUUACCAAUUAUUUAAUAAUGCUAACCACAAUGAAUAAUAGGCGCAGUAACCGUAGAAGCAGCAGCAACAAAGUAUCACUAAGCACGCACAGACUUUUAUUAUUGUUGGAUGUGGGAACAAAGUGAGUGUCAGAAUAACUUAACUGUAACAAAGAGAAGUAAAAGCCUAGAAGAGUGCUCAUUUCGAAGCAAAGACCAGAAUUCGCUUAAAAAUGUGUUUAGUUUUAAUAUUUUAAGCGGUCUUUGUGGACGGCAAAUCAAUAGAGACUCGGACCCUCAAGAGAAUAAAAAUUGUCUGGAAAUUCUCCCUGGGUUGUCAAGUAGAAAGGACGCUGCCAGCUCAUCUAAGAGGUUCCCUACGGAUAUUCCUUUAAAAUACCCUCCAAAAGGCCAGUUAUUGAGUAGAUCAAAUAUUUCAACUGCGGAUAAUUAUAGCAACUAUCGCAAUCCACGGACUGCAUUCAGAUCAGUUCUUUGUUCAUCUCAGACACCAACGUUAACCGAAUUUACAAUUGAUAAAAAUAAUCAAAAUUUUAGAAUUUACCUUAACAAAGAAAAACAAGAAGAACAAUUAGAAAACAGGCGUCAUAAAUUGACUAGAGCUUCCCAAAGUGACGAUAGGGAAUAUGUUAGCCAUUUAUCUGUGACACGAUCCUCAAAAUCGCUGAAAAAUCAGACUCAGAUUCAAACUAAUGCCAUAAAGAAGUGCAUUUGGCUACGAAACAUUGGUUGGUCAUCGCCGUUGGAAAUCAAUUUAUUUUGUUUAACAACGCCAUCGGUACUAAUUGAUGUCAUUACCAGACAAAAAUCCUUGUUAGAGACUAAUGCUACCAGACUACUGCACGAAAGAAAUGGAAGUUCGGAGCGAAAACAUAAGCAAAUGCAAAAAUUAUUAUCAGAUACAAAAAGUAAAUCAUAUGAAUCUGCGCUAAAUCUCGAAAGUAACGAGGAUGUAGAUUAUAAUAGCGACCACUGCAUUAAUCUACCGUUAGACAAAUCUUAUACAGCUCGCAGGCAUCUAAAGCGUCAAGCUUCAAUUCAAAGCCAAUCAUCAUCCAUUGAUGAUUCUUCAACACAUAGUGAUCGGUAUGGUACGGCAUUUAAAUCCCUGGAGGACAUACCUUGUCACGACAUUGAAAAUACUUUAAGUCAAGGAUACCAAUCUCUUUCGCAUUCGUUGCCAGCGAGCUCAGUUCAUUUAGUAAUGUCAUUGUCAUCAUACAGAUCGCAACAAGCGCAGCAACCGAUUAAUUCUACUGACUCCCAGGAAAACCUCGGACCCCUGUCACAAAAAUUUCCUUCACAGGAAACAACAGCACUAUGCUCCAUGCUGCAGCUCGGCUGCACUUUAAAUAGUAUUGAUCUAAAUAAAAGACAACAAUAUGAAUAUAAUGGCGAAGUAGUUGCUGAGGUAUCAGCAACAACUGCAACUGUAAUCGAUAACCAAAGCGUAACAGGGGAAAAUUGUGAAAACAAUAAUAAUAACACGUACAAUAGUUUAAAAAGCUCGUUGGAUCAUUUCGAUUAUAAUAUACAGCUCAAUAAUAAUAUGGUUGGCACACAGCAACAGACUAAAAAUAAUUCUCAAUUGUCAACAACGGACGCUAUUCGAGAUGCGAGCACCUUUACAGGUGACUUGGAGGCACCUGCCAUUGAUAUACAAAUCGGAAAGCCCGUCUCACCCGCAAUGCUUACAAUGACUAUGUCACAAAGCCAACCAGCCGCCGGUAGGGUAGGGGGAAGUGCCAGCGUUCAAAUGCAUCCGAGUAGCUUAUCACAUCAUUCCUGUACGGCAGUUCUAUUCAAUUUCAAUAGUAGUUACGGAUCAGAUCGGAUAUUUCAGGAUCGUAAACAACCAGCGAAACAACCGCCGAUUCCACAAGAGCAGCUAUGCAAUUAUAUUUCCGAUAGUUUGGGCCUCGAUGCUUGUGGAGUCUCAAAAACUACUCAAGCGAGUUCUAUGCCGAGCGCAAUUGUCACACCGAAAGUGGAAUCAUCGCCAAUAUCGCCACGAAAAGAUUUAUCUCUAAAUGCAGCAACUGUUGACUCACUAGCUUUGGUAUCGCAGCAUCAGAGGUCUGUUGUACCAUCGGCCAACGAACAUUUCACUUUUCAUGAACAAAUCACAAUGUCGGGUCAGCAGAAGAGCGCACUUCAGGACAAGCCAAAGCCUUUGGUUGUAUCGCCGCAGCAAGUUAUGAUCCUAUAUAUGCAUAAGCUGACGCCAUAUGAACGGACCGAAAUCUUAGCCUAUCCGCAGAUAUAUUUUAUUGGCGCCAACGCGAAAAAACGCCCGGGUAUUUAUGGACCAAACAAUUCAGAUUAUGAUAAUGAACAGGGCGCAUAUAUACAUAUUCCUCAUGAUCACGUUGCCUAUCGCUAUGAAAUGUUGAAAAUAAUCGGCAAAGGUAGCUUUGGUCAAGUAAUUAAAGCCUACGAUCAUAAGACCCAUGAGCAUGUGGCAUUAAAAAUAGUGCGAAACGAGAAGCGUUUUCACCGUCAGGCUCAAGAAGAGAUUCGUAUAUUACAUCAUUUAAGGCGCCACGACAUGUACAACACAAUGAAUAUUAUACAUAUGUAUGAUUAUUUUGCCUUUCGGAAUCACACAUGCAUCACAUUCGAGUUGCUGAGCAUUAAUCUUUAUGAAUUGAUUAAAAAAAAUGGAUUUAAGGGUUUCAGUUUACAAUUGGUGCGUAAAUUUGCUCACUCUCUACUCCAAUGCCUGGAUGCACUUUACAAAAAUGAGAUUAUUCAUUGUGAUAUGAAGCCGGAGAAUGUGUUACUGAAGCAACAAGGUCGUUCUGGUAUUAAGGUUAUCGACUUUGGAUCAUCAUGCUUUGAAAGUCAACGUGUUUACACGUACAUACAGUCAAGAUUUUAUCGCGCGCCAGAAGUCAUUUUGGGCGCAAAGUAUGGUAGAGCGAUUGAUAUGUGGUCUCUUGGUUGCAUUCUUGCGGAGCUACUAUCGGGGCAUGCAUUAUUCCCUGGAGAAAAUGAAAGUGAUCAGUUGGCCUGCAUUAUAGAAGUGCUUGGAAUGCCAAGCAAAACUUUAUUGGCAAACGCAAAACGAACGAAGACGUUCUUUAGCCCAAAGGGGUAUCCCCGUUACUGUACUGUCCGCACUAUGCCCGAUGGAAUGGUCGUUUUAGUUGGUGGUCAAUCACGACGUGGCAAACCACGUGGUCCACCAUGCUCUAAGAGCCUGUCAAAGGCAUUGGACGGUUGCAAAGACCCGCUUUUUCUAAACUUUAUUCGUGGCUGUUUGGAAUGGGAUACAGAAAAGAGAUUAACACCUUCUGAAGCCCUAAAGCAUCCAUGGUUGCGUCGUCGUUUGCCUAGACCACCAAGCAGCACCAGCGGCGGCACGGGAGAUGGAUCCAGUAGCGCUGGGGGCGGACACGCUGGAGGAAGUAGUAUUAGUGGUAUUAGUGGUGACCAAUCACCAGUGACAGGCAUAAAAACGAGCUGUGGCAAUGAAACUGUGUCAACAGAAGAAUCAGCCGCCUCUGAAAGAGACAAUAGCAAUUGCAGUGGCCGAGCUAAUCAUGUUGGAUUUGGUAUUCCUGAUUUCAAAAAUGGCAGCAACCAUCUGUCUGUUUCAGCAUCAUCACCAGUUAGUAAUACUGCAUUGCCUGUUGAUCUAUUGACCGAUAUUAUAAGCAAAACGAGCGUAAAAUGUUCGGAAUUACCUUCAGAUGACACGUUGGAUAGGCGUGGAUAUCCAUCUUCAUUAUGAAAUCAUGCAUCUGCCAACAGAUCUGAAUGCUUAUCUACAAUCAAUUCGUUAAAAGGGGCUACCAAGUCCUUGACGCGCUUGUCAGAAGCAACAGCAAUCUCAACAGCAAAUUCUAUAUAUGCAAGUCAUACAACGCCCAUCCUAUCAGCUAAUUCAACCCUUUCCACAAUUAAUUACGACUUGGAUUGCUAUAACUUAUAUAAUGCUAAAACAGUUGAUAGGCCAACCAAUUAUAGGCAAUCAAAUAGGAAUUUACUCCCACACGCACAAAUGUUCAAAGCACCAUCGAAGGACAUUUAGCACAAUAUGGAAUAUAGAAUUAUUGCCCCGCAUCUAUAGGGCGGUGUUUGUUUGUUGUUAGUCAAU